AUGUUAUGUAACAGUUAUAGAAAUACUUUAAAGGAAAUUAAACAUCAAAUUUCUACCUUGGAUCAGACCAUUAAGACCAGUAGUGGUUUUUCUUCUUUUAUUGCAUUGUAUACUGGAAUUGGUGCCAAGGUGGACAGACUUAAAGCCAGUAUAAUUUCUAGAAAGCAAGGUAAAUUGAGAAGGGAUAUUGCAUCAUAUUCUGCAGGACUGGCUUAUCCUAUACAUAAAGUGAAUAUAUCUGAUAAUAAUACACCAAUUGAGAAAGGUGACAAAGGUAACAAUUCAGGUGCAAGAGUUGAUGUUAAUAUUAUAAGCACUGCCAAACAGACUGCAGUUAGCACCAAUCCAGGUCUUGUAGAUGUAGACAAAUUGCCACCUUUGCCUGUAACACCUACUGGGCCUUUCUUAGUGAAUCCAACUGGAGUGAUACAGACACUGAAGUGGCAGCAUCUCUAUAGCACCAUGCAGACUGCAUGUCAGUUAAAGACCAGUAAUAUAAAGGCAUACUCCAAACAAGGUGAUAUCAUUAUUGGAGCCAUAUUUCCAGUACAUUAUGUGCAAACCUCAGCUGAGUUCUCCUACACUGAACUUCCAAAAACAGUGCCUUGUGAAAUAUUUGACAUUGGUUGUUAUAUAAUGAUUCAAGGCAUGUACUUUGCAGUUGAGGAGAUAAACAGAAAAGGUGACCUUAUACCAAACAUGACCCUCGGAUUUAAACUGUAUGACUCCUGUGAGGCUGUAGCCCGAGCACUGGACAGCACACUACAGUUACUCUCUGGACAGCAGGAAUCAGUUCCAAACUACCAGUGUAAAAGGCAUCCUAUGGUUUCAGCCAUUUUGGGAGAUUCCAGAUCCCAGAUCUCAAUGCUUAUGGCUAGAAUCCUGGGAAUCUACAAAUAUCCACAGAUCAGCUAUGCAUCCUCUGUUAUGGCUCUCAGUGACAAGCUCCAGUUUCCCUCAUUUCUCAGGACAAUUACAAGUGAUGAUGCCCAGGUGUUUGGACUUAUACAGCUUGUGAGGCACUUUGGCUGGACCUGGGUUGGAAUUCUAGCUGAGGGGGAUGACUAUGGACAGCUAGGCAGCCAGCUGCUUCGGGAAGAACUUGUUGCAGCUGGAGUCUGUAUAGAGUUCUAUGAAACAAUCCCAAUGAUUAUUACACAAAUGGAUAUGCAGAGACUAAUUAAAGUGCUUAGGAAAUCUUCUGCUAAAGCAGUGGUUAUAUUUUCUUCUAACACCAGCCUGUAUCCUGUGAUGGAAGAUAUUGCAGCUAAUAAUAUAACUGGUAAAAUCUGGAUUGCUAGUGAUGGAUGGUCUGAUUCACAGAUGUUCUCCAAAAGGAUUUUCCUAAAAACACUGCAAGGCACAAUAGGCUUAAUAUUCCGUGGAGGUUCAAUGCCCACAUUUGCAGAAUUCCUUUAUUGCAGUCAUCCUUACUUGACACCAGAUGACAUUUUUCUAAAAAUAUUUUGGGAGCUGAUCUUUGGCUGCAAGUGGACUGAUCAUGGUCUGAUGGAAACAAACUUUAAUGACACAGAAGGACAUAUAAAAUACUGCACUGGGGCCGAAAAUCUGCAUCAGUCUCCAUUACAUUUUCUUGACAUAAGCCAAUUAACAUACACAUAUAAUGUGUACACUGCUGUAUAUGUUAUUGCAUAUGCACUGCACAAUUUGCAUUCCUGCGAACUUGGGCAAGGACCUUUUGAUAAUGGCACAUGUGCUAAUAUUGAUUAUUAUAAACCAUGGGAGAUACCACGAUCUGUAUGUACUGACAUUUGCCCCCGUGGUUUUAGAGAAACUCCUCGGCUUGGACAGCCCAUAUGUUGCUUUGACUGUGUGCCAUGUUCUGAAGGGGAGAUCUCAAAUCAAAGCAGUUCCGUGGAGUGUAUGAAAUGUCCAGCACAUCAGUGGCCCAAUGGAAAGCGAGAUCAAUGCAUUGACAAAAGUAUAGACUUCCUGUCAUAUGAAGAAAGCCUUGGUUUAAUACUGUGUCUUAUUGCUGUUCUUGGUUCUCUGACUCCUGCAGCCAUCUUAGCUAUCUUUGUGAAACACAGAGACACUCCAAUUGUCAAAGCAAACAAUCGUGAGCUCAGCUAUCUUCUCCUUUGGGCACUGGUCCUUUGUUUUCUUUGCUCACUGAUUUUCAUUGGCAGCCCCACUUCCAUCACAUGCAUGCUAAGACAACCAACUUUUGCUAUCAUUUUCACUCUUUGUGUCUCCUGUGUGCUGGCCAAAACAACAAUGGUAGUUAUAGCCUUCCGAGCCAGCCAGCCAAACAACCAUCUACAGCGGUUGGUAGGGCCCAAGCUGCCAAAAACAAUGGUGUGUAUCUGCAUUCUGUUGCAAAUAAUCAUAUGUACCACUUGGUUGACAACUUCCCCACCUUAUGUAGAACAAAGCUCAAAAUCACCACCAGGAAUUAUAAUACUUCAGUGCAGUGAAGGUUCCGCCAUUGCAUUUUGGGGUGUCCUUGGCUAUUUGGGAGUUUUGGCUAGUGUAAGCUUUCUGUUAGCCUUUUUGUCCAGGAACCUUCCUGACAGUUUCAAUGAAGCUAAAUAUAUUACCUUUAGCAUGAUUGGUUUUGUUAGUGUGUGGCUUUCUUUCAUUCCUGCGCACCUAAGCACUGGAGGGAAAUACAUGGUUGCUGUAGAGAUCUUUGCCAUCUUGUCCUCUAGUGUUGGUGUUCUUGUCUGUAUUUUCUUCCCCAAGUGCUACAUAGUUCUCCUGCAUCCUGAAAGGAACACUAAGACCUACUUAAUGGGCAAAGGGUAA